AUGGAGAGCUCCCUCGAUCCUCAAUCCAAUGACAACUCCUCCCACGGAGAUGCUCCCAAAUCACCAAAAGGGAAGAAUUCCAACGAUCGUUUCCUCAACUUCUCAGACCCAUUUAAUCCAUUCUGUAUUGAGAAUGGCGACAACCCAGCGGUUGGACUGGUUUCAGAUCUCUUGACUGCUGACAAUUAUGUUAGUUGGUGGCGUGCCGUUAGCCGAGCUCUUCGUGCGAAGAACAAACUCGGGUUCAUCAACGGGACAAUUUCCAAACCAGCUGAUUUUGCAGAUCCAUUGUUUGAAGCUUGGGAACGGUGUAAUGAUCUAGUCGUUUCUUGGCUUCAGAACUCUGUAAGUCCUUUUGUGCAAUCCAGUCUUGCCUUGGUUGACGAUUUCAGGAUAUUAUGGCUAGAACUCAAUGACCGUUUCACUCAACAAAACGGUCUUAGAAUUUUUCAACUCAAGCUUAAUCUCACUAGUUUGUCACAAGGACAGGACACUGUUAGUGUCUAUCUAUUUUGGUCGCUUGAAGGGUUUGUGGGAUGA